AUGUGUCAUGCCGCACUCUUGGCAGAAAUUAUAAACUGUUGGAUCAAGAGGAACGGCAAAGACCGAUACGGCUUGGCACCAGCGGUAGGAGUUGCCUAUACGAGGUCACAAGCGACAACAAACUGCCUUAGGGACUCCGGCUUCGAAUUUUCCCUCAGGAAACGUAGAGUGGAAGCAUACAGAGGGCAGGUAUCACAAGCCGAGGGAAUGAUCAACCGUAGUCGCUUAGACUCUAAAGUUGGUGAACCUGGUGACAAUGUUGCUGUCUCAAUUCCAGCUGUGGAUCGUGAUAGAGGAGAUCCGCGGAAUAUCCUGGGUGUUAUUGUCAGCAGAGAUUUGGACAAUGACCAGUAUGAGAUCGCUGUGCAGUCGGGUGUUCUAAAGGGUCAGUGUUCUAGAAACCAGUUUGACCUCUGCCCCCAGCGUUUGCUGGCAGAAGAUGACGUAAAUCAGGAUACUGCAGUGUCACUUAGAGAAGCUGUUAUUGCACAAUCUGCAUGUUGUGGUCAGGGAUUCACUAGAUGCAACUGUAGUGGUCUGAAAAAAUGUUCAACUAACAGAUGUAAGUGUUUCAAGGCUAAAGCGAAAUGUAACUCUCGGUGUCAUAGAAGUGUCAACUGUGCUAAUAAAUGCUGA